UCAUUCUGGCACUCCUGUUGAAGGGAGGGCCGAUUUGACAGCUGGCUGCAGAUUCACAACAAACAUAUUUCACCUUUCGUUAUUGUUGCUGGAAAUAAAAAGGUUUUGUUAUUUUAAAACUUUAAGUGUAAUUCCACAAGUUGCUUCUCUUGAAUAAUCAAGUUUCUUGUACAAAAACAUCAGAUUUAGUGAAGUUUUCGUGCAAGUUCUUUGGCAGGCCAAAACCCACAUCACGCACACCACCGGCUUGUGCCAAAUGAUAACAAACACAUGAGCAUUGAUAACCAGCUGCAACUGAGCAUCGUCUUCGCAAGGUUUAAUCGCAGAACAAACCAAAAGUGUGCCUGAGGAGGACGGUUUAAGGGCGGUCUGCUUCAACGGAUUGUUACCUCCUAUUUGGUGUAGUUAUUUCUGUUAAAAUCUUGCUGACGAAAUGGAAGUAGACGGUAACGCAGUUUUGGCGAAGGCACUGCGAGAGCAGGGAGUUGAAUAUGUGUUCGGUAUCGUUGGAAUACCGGUGGUUGAGCUGUCGAUGGCCAUGCAGGCCGAAGGGUUGAAAUAUGUCGGCAUGCGCAACGAACAGGCGGCCUGUUACGCCGCGCAGGCCAUCGGUUAUUUGACCGGCAAACCGGGCGUGUGUCUAGUGGUGUCGGGACCGGGCCUGCUGCAUGUGACGGGCGGAAUGGCGAACGCGCAAGUCAAUUGCUGGCCACUGCUAGUUAUCGGUGGUGCUACCUCGCAGGACCACGAAGGUAUCGGAGGCUUUCAAGAGUGUCCUCAAGUGGAGCUGAGUCGUCCGUACUGUAAAUAUGCGGCAAGACCACCGAGUGUGGCCUUAAUACCGAUGCAUGUUGAAAAGGCGGUGCGCUUAGCGUGCUACGGCAGGCCCGGUGCAUCGUAUCUUGACUUUCCCGGCAAUCUGCUGACGGCAAAGAUAGCGGAAGAUGCAAUACCGGUGCAGUAUGCCCAUCCACCUCCACCGGUACCAUUCCCCGAGCCGAAGCUCGUUGAAGAGGUGGCACAGUUACUGUGUGCCGCCAAGCGUCCGCUGGUGAUCGUAGGAAAGGGGGCAGCCUACGCUCGCUCGGAGCUUCAAGUUCGUCAGUUGAUUCACCAGACCAAUUUGCCUUUUCUUCCUACACCGAUGGGAAAAGGUGUCGUACCGGACCAGGACCCGCAGUGCAUAGCUCCGGCUCGUACGCUGGCACUGCAAAAAGCGGACGUCGUACUGCUGCUUGGUGCUCGCUUAAACUGGAUACUGCAUUUUGGCCGUCCACCGCGCUACAGUGAAGAUGUAAAAGUUGUACAGGUGGACGUCAAUGCGGAAGAGAUGCACAAUAGCGUACUGAGCCGGGUGGCUGUACAGUCGCACAUUACACCCUUCACCGAGCAGCUGAUAGAGGUGCUAGCGAAGAAAAAGUUCCGUUUCGGGAACGAAAACGAAUGGUGGAAGGAUCUGAAGGCAAAGAGCGAGAAAAAUCGUGCAACCGUCGAGCAGAUGGCGCUAAAUGUGGAGGUUCCGCUGAAUUACUAUGCAGUUUUCCACCAUCUGCAGCAGUACAUUCCCAAAGAUGCCAUCAUUGUCAGCGAGGGUGCCAACACGAUGGACAUUGGACGUACGCUGCUCCAUAACAAGCUUUCGCGCCAUCGUUUGGACGCUGGCACGUUUGGAACGAUGGGAGUGGGGCCUGGAUUCGCCAUUGCGGCGGCCCUAUACUGCAGAGAUCGUCAUCCAGGCAAGAAGGUGAUCUGCGUCGAAGGCGAUUCUGCGUUCGGAUUUUCUGGAAUGGAGUUGGAAACGAUGGUACGGUACCAGCUGCCGAUAGUGGUAGUCAUUGUGAACAACGGUGGAAUAUAUGCUGGAUUUGAUAAAACAACUUACGACGAUAUGCGCACCGGGGGAGAUCUGACGCAGGUCACUCCGGCUUCAGCAUUGACACAUGAAACGCGUUACGAAAACAUGAUGAGCAUGUUUGGUAUGAAGGGACACUUCGUGCGUACCAUUUCGGAGCUACAGGAAGCGGUUAAGGAGUCGCUGAAAGCGACGGAUCGGCCAAACAUUAUCAACAUCGCUAUCAGUCCGCAGGCGGAUCGCAAACCACAAGACUUUAAGUGGCUGACCGAAUCGAAACUUUAAUCUGUUGGGAUACGUUUGGGAUUCUGAUGCAUUUUAUUCGCUAUUACUGUUAAGCGGUGUUUGGUAAAUUGCUAUCGCAAAGGUGCAAUAAUAAGGUAGGUCGUACAGUGUGGGCUAUACCGGGAUCGGUUGGGAAAAUAAAGGUUAGCUGUGAAAUUUGGCUCCGUA